AUCAACCAUCUUGUUUUCGUGGCUAUGUGGAGAAAUGUUUAGUUGACUGAAAAACAGCUGUUAUUUGCUCUAUCUCUAAUUAAGAUAGUUCCUCAUGACAAUCGGCUGUUAGGUUUCACAGAAAAAGAAGAAGAGGAUAAAUCUUCAAAAUGGCAAAUACUAGACUAAAGAAAGUAAAGGACAAUUUCGAACGAUUGUUCGACAAGAAUCUGACGGACAUGGUCAGGGGAAUACGUAACAACAAGGAUAAUGAGGGACGCUUUAUUGCUCAGGUUGUGGAUGAAAUAAAGCUUGAACUGAAGCAGGAUAACAUUUCUGUGAAGGCAAAUGCUGUCACCAAACUCUGCUAUCUGCAGAUGCUAGGCUACGACAUAAGCUGGGCUGCCUUCAAUGUCAUCGAAGUUAUGAGCUCACCAAAGUUUACGUUCAAGCGAUCGGGAUAUCUCACAGCGGCGCAGUGCUUCCACGAGGGAACCGAUGUGAUGAUGCUCACGACUAACAUGAUUAGAAAGGAUCUGAACAGCUCGAACACGUACGACGCGGCCGUCGCGCUCACGGGCCUGUCCUGCUUCCUGACCUCCGACCUUGCUCGCGACCUUGCCAACGACAUCAUGACCUUGAUGGCUUCUACGAAGCCCUACAUCAGGAAGAAGGCGAUCCUCGUGAUGUACAAAGUGUUCCUCAAGUAUCCCGACGCCCUGCGACCGACCUUCGCUCGACUAAAGGAGAAACUCGAAGACCCGGACCCUGGUGUGCAAUCCGCUGCGGUGAAUGUCGUCUGCGAGCUCGCGCGCCGCAAUCCCAAGAACUACCUGUCGCUCGCGCCGAUCUUCUUCAAGCUGAUGACGAGUUCCACAAACAACUGGAUGCUCAUCAAGAUCAUAAAGCUGUUUGGAGCUCUGACACCGUUGGAGCCGCGCCUAGGCAAGAAGUUGAUCGAACCUCUCACAAACCUCAUCCACAGCACCUCUGCCAUGUCUCUACUCUACGAGUGCAUCAACACUGUGAUAGCAGUUCUUAUUUCUGUAUCUACAGGAAUGCCGAGCCACACCGCUAGCAUUCAGCUGUGUGUGCAAAAGCUUAGGAUACUGAUAGAAGAUUCAGAUCAAAACUUGAAAUAUCUUGGGCUUCUCGCCAUGUCGAAAAUCUUGAAGACGCAUCCAAAGUCUGUGCAGGCUCACAAGGACCUGAUUCUCAGCUGCCUCGAUGACAAAGAUGAAAGCAUCAGGCUGAGAGCUCUCGACCUGCUUUACGGAAUGGUCAGUACGAUAACACUGAUGGAGAUUGUGAAGAAGCUGAUGCGUUCACAUGGAUCCGCGCGGGAGGGCACGCGCCUUUACCGAGGACAGCUGCUUCUCCUAAGAUCAUCGAGAUCUGCCGCAGAACAAAACUACCAAUUCGCUACAAAUAUUCUCUGGUACGUGAGCAUCCUGGUGGAGCUGACGCGGCUGGAGGGCACGCAGCCACACGAAGAGCUCGUUGCCGGACAGAUGCUGGACGUUGCCAUCCGCGUGCAGGCCAUACGACACUUCGCCGUCUCCCAGAUGGCGAUUCUGCUGGAGAACGCUCACGUGUUGGUCGGCAACUCCCGUCGCAACAGCAUAUGCGAAGUCCUGUACGCCGCUGCCUGGAUCUGUGGGGAGUUCUCCGAGCACCUGCUCGACCCUCAGAACACGCUGCGGCACAUGCUGCGGCCGAAAGUGACCAACCUGCCCGGCCACAUCCAGGCGGUGUACGUGCAGAACAUCCUGAAGCUGUACGCGAGCAUCCUCGUGAAGGCCGAGGUCGAGGGCGAGCGGCGCCUCGUCGCCGACAUCACCGACAUGCUCGUCGACAAGCUCCCCGUCUUCGCUCAGAGUUCUAACCUCGAGGUGCAGGAGCGGGCGUGCUCGGCUGUACAGCUGCUCAAGUACGUGCUGAAGCUGGUCGAGAAAGAGGUCGCAGUCGCUGACGAGGUCCAGGCUCUCUUCACCGGCGAACUCAACCCUGUAGCGCCGAAAGCACAGAGGAAGGUGCCUGUACCCGACGGCCUUGACCUUGACGCGCGUAUCAACGACGCUCCAUCCUCGAGCUCCUCCGAAGAGGAAGACCUUAAAGAUGCGGGAGGUGCGUAAGGCCGAGCAGGCGACGAACCCUCACUAUCUGCGCGGCGAAGUCGCCGUGCGUAAGCCGGGCAAGAAGCGCCGCGGUGACGCCGCCAACUCUCACGUCGACGACAUUCCUGUCACUCAGCUCGACCUGUCCGUGCCGCUGAAGAUCACAGGGCUUCCAUUGUCAGAAGACUACAUUAAAAUGUCUAAUACACAAGAGAAAAAGAAGAAGAAGAAAAAGAAAAAGAAGGGGAAGAAGGGUAAAGAGGACUCCGACACGGAAGAGGAACCCCCGGCGGUGCUUGCUGUCAACACAGAAGUCGGAGAGUUGCCUGAGGGAGCUAAAGAGACGGACGAUGAGGAUGAGGGUGUGACAAAUGACCCGCACAAGGCUCUGGAUAUCGAUCUAGACGUCCCCCUCGAUGACUCAGAGAAGCUAAGGGUGGCGACGUAUGCAGCACCCACGGUCGGCGUGCUCACUGCAAACACACCCACCGCCACGCCCUCCACGCCACCCCCGGUGUUCGAGAAGGUGAAGAAGAAGCAUCAUAGCAAGAAGGAGACGGAGAAGAAGCACAAGCGAGAGAAGAAACACAAGAAGAAGCGUAGGACUGAGUCGACCGAGGUAACAACCACUGAUCUUCCAGAUGAGAACCACGUCGGCUUGGACGAGAAGAAAAUGGAUGACAUUGAGUUCUGGCUGUCGGGUGUGGACGCUGCACAGCAGGACAGCAAGGUGGCGCCACCGGCAGCAGCGAUGCCGACGCCAACAAUAUCACUCAACAAUAGGCCAGCCGAGCCACCCAAUAGCUUGCCGGUUACCGUGGAAACGAGACCGGCCGAGGAUGAUGUGGAUGUUGGAAAGAAAUCGAAGAAGAUAGUCGCCAAUGAAUGCAAGACGAAGAAAGGAGAAGGCGGCCAGGCAGCAGGAGGGCCGUGACGCGCCGAGAGAGAAGAAGG